AUGAGCUUGUCCUUGCUCUUCCUCCUCUUCUGCAGCCACCUGAUCCUCAGCGCUUGGGCUCACGGGGAGAAGCGUCUCACUCCCGAAGGGCAACCCGCAGCUCCGAGGAACCCGGGAGACUCCAGCGGCAGCCGGGGCAGAAGUAGCACGACGUCUUCAUCGUCUUCUGCCUCCUCCCCAGUCGCGGCUUCCCCGGGCAGCCAAGGAAGCAGCCCGGAGCACAGCAGUUUCCAGUGGAGCCCUUCGGGGCGCCGGACCGGCAGCCUGUACUGCAGAGUGGGCAUCGGCUUCCAUCUGCAGAUCUACCCGGAUGGCAAAGUCAAUGGCUCCCACGAAGCCAGUAUGUUAAGUAUUUUGGAAAUAUUUGCUGUGUCUCAGGGGAUUGUAGGAAUACGAGGAGUUUUCAGCAACAAAUUUUUAGCGAUGUCAAAAAAAGGAAAACUCCAUGCAAGUGCUAAAUUUACAGAUGACUGUAAGUUCAGGGAGAGAUUUCAAGAAAACAGCUACAAUACCUAUGCGUCAGCUAUCCACAGAACUGAAAAGACUGGGCGGGAGUGGUAUGUGGCCCUGAACAAGCGAGGGAAGGCCAAGCGGGGCUGCAGCCCAAGGGUCAAACCCCAGCACGUCUCCACCCACUUCCUACCCAGAUUCAAGCAGUCGGAGCAACCUGAGCUUUCCUUCACGGUCACUGUACCAGAAAAGAAAAAGUCACCUCGCCCUGUGAAACCAAAGGUCCCCCUGUCACCACCUCGUAGGAGUCCCAGCCCAGUGAAGUACAGAUUGAAGUUUCGGUUUGGAUGA